AUGGCUGCUAACUUUGGGGGAGAGCUUCUUGGGGAGGUCUAUGAGGAGAGACUUGACGAGCUUCUGUAUGACCUAAGAAACCUAUCACAUGGAAUUGGUGAUAGUGAUGCCUUGAGCCCCCGACUGGGUGUUCAGGUGCUUGAUGAUCUUCUGGGUGUUUUCACAACACCCGCCCCUGCUGCACAGAACAUACAUCUGGAAGGGAAUCUGCAAUAUGAUCAUUCUGGGGAUGCCCAGGGAGCAGACUUUUAUGGCACUGAGGCCGAGCUCCCAGCUCAAAGCGAACUUAUCAGCGAUGAGCAUGUAGGCAUGCAUAGUUUGCCGAUGUUGAACAUCAACCGCACAGAACCAGUCCUGGAGAUCUCUAGCAAGCUGUCUGCAGCUGGAAAGUCGCAUCUCCUGUACUACCUCGCUGCAGUCGCUAUUUUACCAUCUGUGUUCAAAGGCGUCCCGCUCGGUGGGCAUGAAUCGGCAGUGAUAUACAUUGACACGGACGGUCGAUUUGAUGCUGAGCGGCUGAAAUCAGUGGUCAGAGGACUUUUUAAGGCCAGAAUUGACGCACUAGCUCAGGAAUUCUCAGGAACGUCAUCUGAAUCUGACAACGAGGAUAUUGAAACUAUGCUUGUCGCCAGUCUGCAACAUGUCCACGUCUUGCGUCCACAAUCAUCGGCUGCUCUCCUUGCUACACUUCAAAACCUGGAUGCCUACAUUCUUGACUUAUCUCGCCAUUUGUCCUCCACCAGACCCGUGCAUACUAUCUAUUUGGAUAGUGCCAAUGCGUUCUUCUGGCAGGAUAGAUUACAAGACGAAAUUGCCCGAGUGGAAGAUAUCGGGCGGGUCGAUGCUGACUCGGAGCAUGAGCGUUCGCGGAAACGACGGUUCCAGAUUUCAGAUCUAUAUGCUGCUUUUGUAGCGGAACUGAGAAGAUUACAGCGACUUUUAGGUUGUAUGGUGGUUUACACCACCACUGUUCAAGGAAGAUUCCACGGUGCUCGUGGUGGUAACUCAGCGUAUACGCCGUCAGGACCUUACGACUUGUAUAACCCACGCACCUCUGUGCCAAAGGCGCCUUCUUUUGGGUCUGAUCUGCCAGCUCCUUGGGGUCGGUUUCCAACUCUACGAGUUGUUGUCCAACGUGAUUCGGUUCGUCCCUUUCCGCCAACCAUGACUGCGCAAAAUGCGCAGCGCGGUGCCCCUCGUCGACAGGAAGUUGUCAAUCGCGGAAGGUUUUCCGCAUGGAUAAAUGAAUGGAGACGUGAUGAAUGGCCUCGUAGGGUCCUUGAGGGCUUAAAACAAAAUAAUGGCGGCAAAUUCGCCUUUCGCAUAGGAAGAGAUGGGGUCGACAUCGGCUGA